GCCGACUGUAAUGGGGGUGGAUGAGGCGCCGGCGGGGAUGUGAGGGCGGCCUCGCCAAUGUGUGAGUGUGGGGACGGCGGCCUCCUGAUGCGGGGGAAGAAGGCGGUAGAGGGACCGUUUUACUGCCCGGUUUGCAGGCAGACCUCCUUCAGCGGCCGGGGCCACGUCUACGGCCUGAAGCACCAGGAGAGGCUCGGGGCGCUGCUGGGCCGCUUCCUGCAGAAGGUUGAAGAGGCACGGAAGGUUCUGUCAGAUGUGAAAGUGGAGAAAUAUGAUUUCACCCAGCAUGAGCAGAACUUCUGGUGCUACUGCUGCAAUGGAGACGUGAAGAAACACAUCACAAAUGGAAGCCUUGCGGUGCUGUAUGGAGGACUGCUGGAACAUUUUGCAAGCUUGGAACAUUUGAAACAAACCAACAAAUUCUGGUGGGAAAAUAAAGCAGAUAAAAAGUUAAAAGAGAAGUUUCUACUCUCUGGAGAGGCUUAUGAAAAGUUCAAAACAGCUGUUGCAAAGGCAGUGGAAAACUAUGAAGAGAAAGAGGAUGAAUAUAUUAAACAGGAAGCAGAGUACAUUCGAGAAGUGGAUCACAGAAGGCAAGAGGUGGUGCAGGCUGCCUUUGAGAUUACUAAAUUGUCUGAGAGCAACCUUCAACAAAGGCAGCAACUGCUUCAGAGUGAGGGAGAGGAAAGUUCUGCCCAAGUUCUGGCUCCUGAUUGGUGUCCAUUGUGGGAAAGUAUAAGUCAUAGUCUUGGAAGCUACAACGCCAACGAGACGGAACCUGGGCCGAGUGGAGUGAAUUACACGUGUCAUUCUGGUGAUAUGGCUAAUGGACAAACCUUGACUUUCAUUGGUAACCAGUUCCAGAUAUCCAAACCAGAAACUGGGAAUAUUCACACAGGUGCAAUUCCACCCUGGCUUAUUGAUGAGGAGGAUCCAGAUACUGCACCAAAACCAAUAGGACCUUCUUAUGAAGAGUUUAUCCAACAAAGAGAGAGAGAGAAACUGAAGAAACUUCCUCCAAAUAGAGUCGGUGCAAAUUUCAACCACUUAUCAGAAACAGAUGAUUCCUGGUUGCCUUCAUUUGGCAGAGUGUGGAAUGAUGGCAGGAGAUGGCAAUCCAGGCAUCAGUUUCGGUUAGAGGAAGGCAAGAAAAGCAAAAAACGGAAGAGAGUUGACCAGUGAAGCUGAAAACUGAGAAAAAUGAUUUUUGCAAUGUGUACUUUGUAUAUUUAACUAAAUUGUACUGAAAGUGUAUAUUUUCUUUAUAGAUUAUGUGACAACUGUCAUGUGCUUUGUGAUAAGUUACUUUGCUAGGGUUAUAAGCCUUGUGAAUAAACUUAAUAUAAAUUUUAUCCCAUGGGCUUUAAAUAGUAUAUAAAAAGUCUAUAUAAAUAUUUAAAAUUAGCCAGUUAAAUAAAUGCUUAAUAUAUUGCAAUUUUGCAAAUUCAAUUUUCCCAUGUUCUUACAGCUAAUUAAGUAAUUACCAGCUAUCAGGCAACUUGCAAUAAGUCACUGUCAUAAGCACAGGAACAGUCCAAUCAACCCACCACAUCCAUGCUGAAUUUUCUGCUCAGCAACAGUAAUCCCAUUUGUAUCCUUCUAUCCCCUUCCUAUUCAAGUGCAUGUCUCUCAAGUGUGGUGGAAUCACACACUAAUGUGCUGGCAGCACAUUUCCAAGUAUCAAACACUCAACAAAAACAAAACUUUCCUUGCACCUUGAAUCUAUGCCUUCAUUAAUACCCUUUCUAUCAGGUCACCUCUCAGCCUCCUUUGCUCCAGGGAAAACAAGCACAGCCUACCCAAUCCCUCCCCAUCAAGCUCUUCCAGUCCAGGCAAUGUCCUAGUGAAUUUCCUCUACACCCCCUCCAGCACAACCCCAUCCUUCCUAAUAGAGUGGUAACCAGAACAGCACAAUACUCUGUGGGCUAACCCAUGUUUUGUAAAGAUGUAACAUACCAUCCCAACUUCCAUAUUCUAUACCAACCUAUGAAGGCAAAUGUGCCACCUGACUUCAUCCAUUCUACCCAUGUUGCCACUUUGAACCAAAUGUCCCUCUAUCGGCCACCUUUACCACCCUACCAUUUACUGUGCAUAUCUUGCCCAUAUUUGACUUACUGAAAUACAUCACCUGUAGUGCAACUACUGUAAUGCAUAUUUUUUUCUCCACAGCCAGUCUCCUUGCUGCAGUGUAUAUCAUUGAAAAUAAACAUGGCCAGCAUUCUGAUAGCUGUGAACAUGGAAGCUGGAAGUUCAACUGUUUUAAUAAUUUAAGUUCGAAAUCUGCCCCAAAACAAACCAUAUUUAUGGAAGCUUUGCCCAU